AUGAACCAACCGACAACCACACACAAGACGCCUUAUUGCCAAACAAAGGUUCAAACACAAGCAAACCCACGCUCAGGACCAGCCGCCCGACGUCCCCAACACCGGCAGUCACGUUCAUUAGCAGCUGCUUCAAAAGGUAAACAAGGCCGUGCAGGGAAUUCGGCACCGAAAUCAACGCAAAAGCGCGCUGCAACGCGUGCAAGUCGAGGAAACCCUUUGGAUAUCAGUAAAUCAACUGAAAUCAGCACCAGCGACACUUCCGCCGCAGUGUGUCUCGCAUCCCCACCUUAUUGUGAAUCCGCUGCUGUCAGUAAGGAAAGAAGUAACGUUCCACUCACGCCCACACGGAGACUCAACUCACUUCAGCAACUCAAGCCAGAUGACCUCUCGAGUUCAGCUAAGGAAGUGAAGGAAACGGAAGAAGCCGCCCCGGCCUCCUCGCUGAGCGCUUCUGCGUUUAGUACGUUGUUAUCUCCUACGCAGAUUCUUCAAGCCACGGGGCUACAUGGCGGUAUCACAACGCAAAGUGUAACGAGCGGCCCUGGAAGUGGUGACGAUAGGGAGGUUCUACGAACAGAAAUGAGUCGGAAAGGGCUGUCCGUACAUGCGGCACCUUUUCUUCCUCUCUCGCGAACUGCUCCUCAGUCACCCGCUUUGGCACAAGCAACGUGUGAACAUGGUGUUCCUUUGUUUCCCUGCGAAGGAUCAAAGCGGUAUAUUGACAGCAUUGUUAGCCCAUGCAGUGUUGAGGAUGUGAGAGCACAAUCGCAUUCACUGGAGUUUCCAUGCACUCCACUUGUAUUAAGAGGUGGAAUGGUGUAUCAUCCACCAGGAUUCAGAGGUGGUGGGGCUCUUGCCACCUCUGAGAGUUGCUUGUCCCCAGAUACGCCGAAAGUUGGCAGUACCAGUUCUAUAAUCCCUGCUUCAGUUAAACCAGUUACAUCGUCGCCAACCUUUGAUACGUUACGCUGCCAGCAGUGUGUUCAAUGCGGCGAUGGGAAAGAUGACAGUGUUGAAGAUAUUCCCUACACAACCGAAGGGGUUGAAGAUAGUUGUGAAGGUGAUGGUAUUCGACACCUGCGCAUUCCAUUCACCGACGCGGAAGCCCAAGAUGAGGCAAAAAUGCUCCAUAUGCUUCAGAUGGGUGAAGAAGAGGAAGAUGCCGCAUCUGUUGGACAGGAAUGGCAGGAAUGUAUCUUUGGUUCAUCCAACGCAGGUGCAAGUAAUGUUGAACUUUUCCACUGCGCAGGGGGUUAUUGGGAUGUGAAUGGUCCCUCCGUAGCAACGCGUCGCCUGCUACGUCACCGCAUGCCAUCUUCAUCCUCUCUCAAUAUAGAUGCACAAGGAGAUGAAUUCUCCUCCGUGUUGGCGUCUCAAAGCGAAUACAGCGCAGAUCACGGUCAUUUUGCUUAUGAUAAUGAUGAUGGUUCAUGGGAAAUGAGCAGCAGUGCGUACGCGGAUAGUUUGGAUGAUGAGCAAUUGGAGUGGAUUGAACAGCACCUACGUGCCAAGUAG